AUGAGCCUCGGCCCAGCCCACAGUGAUCCCUGUGAGGAACCGGAAGUAGAACGUCUACCUGUCGCUGCUCCAACUGGCCCCUCUGCCGCCGCUGCCCUCAGCAUUAUGAGCCUCGGCCCAGCCCACAGUGAUCCCUGUGAGGAACCGGAAGUAGAACGUCUACCUGUCGCUGCUCCAACUGGCCCCUCUGCCGCCGCUGCCCUCAGCGUUAUGAGCCUCGGCCCAGCCCACAGUGAGCCCUGUGAGGAACCGGAAGUAGAACGUCUACCUGUCGCUGCUCCAACUGGCCCCUCUGCCGCCGCUGCCCUCAGCAUUAUGAGCCUCGGCCCAGCCCACAGUGAUCCCUGCGAGGAACCGGAAGUAGAACGUCUACCUGUCGCUGCUCCAACUGGCCCCUCUGCCGCCGCUGCCCUCAGCGUUAUGAGCCUCGGCCCAGCCCACAGUGAGCCCUGUGAGGAACCGGAAGUAGAAUGUCUACCUGUUGCUGCUCCAACUGGCCCUUCUGCCGCCGCUACCCUCCACGUUAUGAGCCUCGGCCCAGCCCACAGUGAGCCCCGCCCCAGCCCACAGUGA